UCGUACGUCGGCCGCGACUCCACUCAAGGCAUUCCGGAGCCCACCGUUGCCGCCGCCGUUGACGGCUCGCCGCUCUCACCCAUUGGUGGCCACAAUUCAUACUCACAUUUGCCUUCCGGUGACCGCAACUCAGGCGGAAAGCGGAAGUCCAUAACCAAACGGUUUCUGGUGUCGCACCUGAGGGGCGAACCCCUACCCGUCCAACGGGAACACUGUUACGGACACCUAAACUACUACCCAUUUACGUGUCAAUUCAAUGGCCAUUCGGGCGAUUGGCCGACGGCUUGCGGCCAACGGUUCAUAACGUUUGACUCGUGUGUCGAGCACUUGCGGGGCGACCACUUCUGUCGCGUCACCGACGACGACAUGUACGAAGUGGUGAGCGAUUACUUCGAGUUCAACGAAUUGCGCCAAUUGGACGAACUCAUCAACAAUCACCUCAACAACAAAGCCAUGCCAUCGCUCAUGCCUUUUGACGAUAACGACCGCACCGACGGCCACACCGGCGGCCAAUCCAUUAGCAACUAUAGCGGCGAAUACGUCGGUUUGUUUGGCGACCAGAAGCGCAACGAAUACGAUGUCAUCAGCGAUGGAUCCGUUUGUAGUGUCGAUAAUGAGUUGAGUUAUCGAUUUACUGAUGAUUCGGCGGACAAACCCAAUGGCAAAUCAAAGGCCAACGGAUACCGAAAGCGGCAACAGAACAGCUUUACUGACAAAUACUUCCCGAAUGACAGCAAUUGCGAGAAUCGUUUGGAUUCACAGGAAUAUCCGAAGAAGAGAAGGGGUCGACCGCCGAAGAAUGUCGACGACUCGCCUCACAAUCCGAUUGUGGAGUGUAGUCAAGAAGUGGACAUUGAGGUCGAUUUGACCCACAAAAGGACAUUUGCCAAUUGGUUCACACAAACCAAACGCACGAAAUACCCGUAUUUCCCGCAAAAGGACGACGACGUCUAUUACAUACCGUACGGACACUCGAUAUAUCGGCGGGAAGUGCUGCAGCGGGGCAUCUAUGGUCUGGCCAACAAACACUACGCCAUGAAGCAGUACCCAUACGACCACGUAUUGGCCAAAGUGACCAAAAUUGACUUUCUCUUCAAAGAGCGCCGCACCGAACAGUCAGUUGUCCGUUGCGUUUACAUCACACUCCGGCCGUACGACAAGAAGUACGGCACGAUUAUACACGUCAAGUAUCACGACAUGGAGGGUGUGGUGGACUUUAUUGUACUGCGCGAACACUACGAACAAGCGAUGGCCACCGAGUGGUCCGUUGGCGAUGAAUUCCGCUCUCUUGUCGACGACCACUAUUGGUUUGGUGUUGUCAUUGGCUUUAACGCCGCCGACUAUAGCCAAGUGAGCCGUUUUCGGGCCAUUGAGAUCAAGUGGCACUCGAACGGCGCCACCGACUACUUGAGUCCAUGGGAUUUGGAGCCAAUACCCGACGACCCGUCGCUAUUGGCUAUCGAUAGGGGUUCGAGAGUCGCGGUCACUGACGACGAUAGGGACGCCUUUUUCCAGUCUCUGCCCGACGAGUGGCCACACUAUGACGAGAGACGAGAGCUGCGCCGAGUGGCCAACGGUCUGAAGAUAAUCCUAACGAUGGAGAAGACGCGCGAGUUUUGCAUAUUAGACGACUUGACCGAAAGCCGAUAUCGGGAUAAAAUCCUAUACCCGGUGGACAUGAAGACGUUCAUCGCGCGCGUGGAGAACCGUUUCUAUCGGCGCCAUUUGGCCAUCAAAUACGACCUGAAGUUCAUGGAGGCUAACAUCAGAAAACUGGUGAAAUCGGUGAAACGCGACCCCGAGUUCCGGUUCGACGAACUCAUCGCCAAACGACUCAAAUACCACACGAAGUUCGUCACCGCCUUAUCGUUGCUCUUCAUCGACACCCAUGACUGCAAGAAUCCCUACGAUCUCUACCCCAAUAUCGACGAGUAUCUCGAGACCCACGACGUGAAGUGCUAUUCGGCCAAACGGGUCCACUUGAAUCUCGUCAAGAAACACCCCAACCUAUUGCCGGCGCCGCACAAGCGCUUGGCGCGGCCCCAGAGUUUCGGCGAUUCGGCCAAACAGUUACGCAUCUAUCGGGCGCUCAAGAAUACUCACUCGCGAACCCCUUUCACGUACGGCUCGGUUCAGGCCCUCUCCGCUCCGUCGGCGUCAGUGUCGCCGCCACUCCCGCCCGACCCCACACACCCCACACCACGCGGUUCCACAAUCUCUUACACUCCCCACACACUCAACGAUAAGCCGCGCAAACCGUUGUUUUUGAAGGCGAAGAAAGCGGCCGCCGCUCAGCGCAGGAAGACUUCCACACCGAAAAAGAGGCCGAAGUCAACGCUCAAUUCGGCGCCACUCAUGAGUGCCUUCAAUGAGCGCACAAAUCGGGCCAUCGAUGACACUAUGAAAGAAGGGGCCACACCGGAUCGGAACAGUUCAUCGCAAGAGAACCGCUAUAAUACAUGUAAUGACAACUGCGGACCCGAUCCACAAAUGUAUAGCUCCGAUGUCUCAAUAUCUGAGAAUGAGUACAACUUUAUUAACGUGAGCGACGAGUCUUCCGGUGACGACUCCGAAGUGGAUCCCGACUUUAAGACAUCCACUUAUUAUAAGUACAAAAUUAAAAUACCGCAUUUGAAAGAAUAUCAGAAUAUCUUCAAGAAUACCGGCGUUUAAGUACACGGGAUGUCAACUGAACAGCAAAUGUUAU